AUGCAAACGUCAGCAACACCACAAGCAUCCCAACAAGAGUCAACGCAACAGCCAGUUUAUGCAUCUCGGAUGGCGUCAGAAACAUCACAACAAUCUCAACAAGAGUCAACGCAACAGUCAGUUUAUACACCUCGGCCAGCUUCAGCAACGCCACGAGCAUCGCAACAAGUGACGUCAAUGCAACAGCCAGUUUAUACAACUCGACCAGCUUCAGCAACGCUACGAGCAUCGCAACAAGUGACGUCAAUGCAACAGCCAGUUUAUACACCUCGGCCAGCUUCAGCAACGCUACGAGCAUCGCAACAAGUGACGUCAAUGCAACAGCCAGUUUAUACACCUCGACCAGCUUCAGCAACGCUACAAGCAUCGCAACAAGUGACGUCAAUGCAACAGCCAGUUUAUGCACCUCGGUCAGCGUCAGCAACGCCACAAGGAUCCCAACAGGCCCCAUUACCUACCGCUGUCAAUCCUCCAGUAGGAACAUUUGUUCUUAGUCUUUUGCAGUGUUGUCCUCCUUUAGUUCGCACCUGUUUUGGGUGUUCCCAAUCGUUAAAACUCGGCGGGAUUAUCGCAAGUCCACCGUAUGAUUUGACGAUUAUUACACGUAUGAAUAGAGGUUUUCCUAACCCUAAUACUCCUGAUCGACAGUUGAUGUUCAAAGAACAAAAUGUAUAUUUCCAUGUAAAUUUGAGUUGCCUCAAGAUGAAGCAGCCAUAUUUUAACCCUGCCUGCGUAACUGUACCAAAUUGGCUGCCAUAUUAUUUAACACCAGAACAUGUGCGCUUUUUACGAGAGUUUGGUGCUCAAAUUUGA